GAUAAAGAGUAAUCAUAAUCCCCCUUCUUCAGAUCCAAUUUCUGUGUGUCGGUGGGAUAUUCUUUCACUUGUUUACACCACUCAUUAACCCAAACUCUUAAAUCCAACUCCAACUACGACGAUUUCCCCCAAAACUAUGGUGAUCAGUGGUCCUUUAACGCCUGCCCAGGUAUCCUUUUUACUUGGAAUCAUCCCAGUUUGUGUAGCUUGGUUAUAUUCAGAGUUCUUGGAAUACAAGAAAACUGCAGCAUCCUUGAAAACAGAUUCUGAUAUCAACUUGGUUGAGUUGGGCAAUGAUACGGUGAAAGAAGAUGAUAGAGCUGUUUUACUGGAGGGGGGUGGUCUCCAGUCGGCUUCUCCUAGAAGCCAUGGUUCAUUUAUUGCAUCUCCUGUUGUCAGGCUGUUUACAAUGGAGGAAUCCUUCUUGCUUGAGAAUCGUUUGACAUUGAGAGCUAUAUCAGAGUUUGGGAUCAUAUUGUUCUACUUCUACUUAUGUGACCGCACAAAUUUUUUCGGCGAUUCCAAGAAGGUCUUAGCUUCUCUGUUAUUCUUUUUAUGUUGAAGUAUAUAA